AUGUCUACUAUGCCUACCAAAACUGCUCUCAACGCCAACUUUGCCGUCGUUGCGCUCCUCCGCAAUGGCAGCAACUUGUCCAAGCUGUCCUCCCACCUGGAUUUGUCAGUCGAGACAGUGGACUGGACCGAGUCCGAGUUCAUCAUCCCAGCUCUCCAGGGUGUUGAAGUCGUCAUCUCGUGUCUAUCCACAGCCAUGAUGGGCCACCAGGACCAAUGGAUCAACGCAGCCGAGACAGCUGGGGUAUCGCGCUUCGUCCCCGCCGAGUUCGGCAUGGAUUCGCAAAACCCCCACUGCGCACGUCUCCCCAUUAUCUACGGCUCCAAGCCUUUGCGGACGGGUUAUUUCUCGACUAGGGGCUUCAGGUGGGUUUCAUUGUCGACCCAGCUGGUGAACAAUAGCUUUAAGCCCACCGACUAUGAGAACCUAGACCCGUCCAAGGGCGACAUCAGCAGCAUCCGAUUCACAUGCCCGCACUCGAACUACGACCCUCACUCUUGCAUCAUUGACUCCGGCGGCUCCAGUUUCAGCAUUGGCAGCUCCGACUCUAGCGUGGGUGUUGGGUUCCCUGACCUGAACUGCGACGGGCAGUACUCACCGCUCUGCGCUGACGUGCACAUACCGUCGUGCUGCAACCCAGACGUCGGUCUGGAGGACUGCCUUAAUAGCAUGGCCUUCCCCGAGUACAGCGACUCUGGCAAGCAGAAUUUCCCCAAGGGCUGGUUCCACCUCCCCCACAUGUUUUACGAGAUGUACUGGGACACGCCUGCCUUCCUAGACCUCUGGGCGCCCGGCACGGGCAACCAGCCGUUUGUCCUGUCUAAUGGAGACGUCACAGGCUUCAGCUCCCAUAACUUCUUCGCCGACUCUAAUGAGGAGAUUCUCCAAGAUAGCAUUGAUACCUGCGACGCUCAGCACGCAAGUAUGGAGACUUGCUCCAGCGUAACCCUCAACGAGGCCCAGUGCACUAUCCCCUCCGAGGUCGACGAGGAGAUUGGCGGCGUCCUCGACCAGCUUCCCAGUGACAACCUCCUUCAGGGAUGGAGCUAUGGAGUUAACCAGACUUCCACUACUACUUACAGCCAUAAACGCGAUAGAGCCCUGCCCGACAAGAGGGAUAAGGCUUUCCACCGCCACAUUCACUCGUAA